UUACGACUUGAAAAAUUAGAUCGGCAUUAAAUUUUUCCGCCAAGAUGUCAUCUAAGAGCAUAAGACACACAAGAGAUCUGUUUCUGUUUUCCAUUUCUCUAAUUUAUUUAGCGGCAUUUGCAUCCCUUUACGUGCAAAUCCCAGGUCUAUAUGGGGACAAUGGAAUUUUGCCAGCAAAACUUGUUGUGAAGUCAGAAGCAAGCAGUUGGGAUGAGCUACUCCAGGGCAUUCCCACGCUACUUAAGCUAACCCCAAAACUCAGACUCACAGUCCAGCAGGGAAUGGACCUGCUGUGCUUCUGUGGCCUGGGCCUGUCUUUCCUGUGUGUCAUAUUUGCACAGAUGAGGGACACUGUGUCGUUUAUUCUCCUGUGGAUGCUGUACUUUUCACUGUACCAGGUAGGGCAGACCUUCCUCUGGUUUCAGUGGGACAUCUUACUGCUGGAGGCAGGUUUUCUCACAAUCCUGCUGGCCCCAUUCAACCUGCAGAUGCCAAUCAAGCGUUUCAAGGUUGCGAAGCACCAUCAGCACGACUCCAUUAUGCUUUGGCUUGUACGCUGGCUACUCUUCCGACUAAUGUACAUGUCUGGAGUUGUUAAGCUUACCAGUAGAUGUCCAACAUGGUGGGGACUUACAGCGCUGAACUGGCAUUUUGAGUCGCAGUGCAUACCAACUCCGUUAGCCUGGUACUUCCAUCAACUCCCUGAUUGGUUCCUUCGACUGAGCGUGGCCAUUACAUUCUUUAUAGAGAUUGCUGUGCCGUUCUUGUUCUUUGCUCCUGUUCGGUCUCUGCGAUUGUUUGCUUUCUGGGCCCAGAUUCUUCUGCAAGUGAUGAUCAUCCUGACUGGCAACUACAACUUCUUCAACCUUCUCACUAUGGCCCUGUGCAUCUCACUCCUUGACGACAAGUUCCUUGGAUACAAGCAGAAGAAAAAGUCCAACGGAAGUGUGAUCAACUACAUAGCAGCAAUGGUUGCCUAUGGAUUCCUAGGCUGCAAGACAUGGCAACUGUUUGGAAUGGAACUCACCGACAAGUUCACCAUUGAGUCCAAAAUAACUUUUACUGAGAAAGAGUUCGACAUGUUUGUUGCUAAAGUGACUCCAUGGACUAUUUGGUUUGCUGCCUUCUCCUUCGCCUUUGAAGUGCUUACGGCAUUUAUCAGAUGUUUCACUGAGAUCAAGGAGGUGUUCUGGAAGAACUGGGCCGCGGUGCAGUGUGCCAUCUUCACCCUGGUUGGAGCCUCCAUGCUGGCCAUUAGUUUGGUUCCCUAUGCCACGUUACACAAGGAUAUUGAGAAGGUGGUGCCACAUCAGGCAGUGGCUUUACACAGUCGGGUCUCCGAUUUCCAUCUUGCCAGCUCUUAUGGCUUGUUUAGAAGAAUGACAGGUGUGGGGGGCCGACCUGAGGUUGUGAUAGAGGGAAGUAACUCCCUGGAGAAUGGCUGGAGGGAAUAUGAGUUCUUCUACAAGCCAGGAGCUAUCAACAGACGACCGCCCGUUGUUGCCCCCCACCAGCCACGGCUGGACUGGCAAAUGUGGUUUGCAGCGCUUGGCUCGUACCAGCACAAUCCGUGGUUCUUGAACCUUGUGUACCGUCUCCUUGACAACGAGACAGACGUCCUUGACCUGAUCCAGUACAACCCAUUCCCUAACAAGCCUCCCAAGUACAUCCGUGCCCAGUUGUACAAGUACCACUACACCAAGUAUGGCACUGACAAGAACAGUUCAGGCUGGUGGACAAGGGAGCUUACUCGUGAAUAUCUUCCUGCAUUGAGCAAGGAUGACUCCAGUCUCGUGUCCUUCAUGAAACAGACUGGCAUCAUCGAGAGUGGAAAGAAGUCCAAAAGUGGCAAGUCAGACGCCUCGUUUGUGUCUCGUUUGGUGAGCUGGAUUCGACGAAAGAUUGGCCAACCAGAGGGCUUUGUGUUCGUCAUGACAGUCAUUCUCACAGCCCUGACAACCAAGCUCAUUACAAGAACAAUACUAAGUUAAUUUCCGAAACAGUUACCACAUUAUUUUUCUAAGAUUGUUGCCUCGAAAUAGAGUGUGUUUUUUUUAACCCCAGCAAUUUAGUCAUUUUCUGAGAUUGUUAAAUAGUGACAUUAUUAUUGUCUGAGAUUGUAAUUCAGUGACCUUGUUUUUUAUGAGAUUGUUACUCAGUGACCUAGUUAUUUUCUGAGUUUCUUACACAGUGAUCUAGUUAUCUUCUGAUACUGUUACACAGUGACCUAGUUAUCUUCUGAUACUGUUACACAGUGACCUAGUUAUUUUCUGAGAUUGUUACACAGUGACCUAGUUAUUUUCUAAGAUUGUGACCCAGUACUUUUUUGUCUCAUAAGGUGUUAAAGAAAUACAUUUCUAAAAGCAUUUAUGUUUAGAAAGUGAAUUAAUUAUAUGUUGGAUAGAUUUAUUUUGACAGUGAACUAUUAAUUUGUUUGAUAGCUUUCUAUGGCAUUUUUAUGCCCCAGAAAGGAGAGCAUAUUAAAAAUAUAUAAUUGAAUUAUUUGUCUGUCCCUUUGACUUUCUAUCUGGCGUAAGUUUUAUAAUAUCUUGUAUACAAUCAAACAUUUUAAAUUGGAAACUUUCCCGGGGAAAACCCUUUAAGUCGUUUAUUCAUGUCCCUUUGUUUAACUAAGAAAUAAUAUUGAAGCUAAAGUUUUCAUGGCUUGAUUUCUAUCAAAGAUAUUUACUUGAAUUUCAAAAUACCUGACCAAUGAUGUCUCCAACAGUAGCAACCUUUAAACUUCAGUUUGCAUGUUGUUGUUUUUGACAGAUUUUCAUGGCUUUAUUUUAAGGCAAAAUAAUUAUUAGUAUUACAUGUUCAUUUUUCAUCAUCACUUUUACGGUCACUUACUCAUUUUGUUGUCAAAUUGUUAUGUGCUGAAAGAUUGUUUCGAGUCAUUUAUGCCUUAAUAUUGAUAGCGUAUCUUUCUGAAAUAACAAAUUACACUGUUUAGAAUGUGGCAAAAACAGGAUUUUUGUAUGGUUAUGAGUGCAUUUUAAUUGAGUUGUGUGUAAUACAUAUUAUUCAAAUUAUUUUAGAAAAAUUCUGAAUCUUCCUGAAUAUUUUGCAGUCUGGAUUGUGAAUUAUCCAGAGGAAGGACAACACAAUCUGCCGUACAUGGAUUUUUGCUAAGAAGAGACUGUCUUAAAACAAAAGAUAUCAUAAAAGCGUUAAGUGUCGUCCCUGAUAAGCUUGUGCGGACUGUACAGGCUUAUCUGGCAUGACACUUGCAUUAAACCCACUCGUCUCAGAGAAGGUUCUGUAUAGAUAACUAAAAUCAAGUCCUUGCUAGCAUUGCAUGUAGCAUACAUAAGAUCAAGGUUUCUACUACUUAAAAUAAAAAAGGGAUUCCACUUUUUAACUCAAAAUGUGUUGAGCUAUUGUCAUGCAACUACGUGGUGCCUUCCAUUAAAACUUCAUUUGAGAUUGCUGAGGUGGUCAAGGUCACUGAUGCUAAAGAUAGAUAAGGGCCUUUGUCUGUGAAAAAGGGGUUUAGCGCAUGUGCUUAAAGUGUCGUCUUAGAUUAGCCUGUGCCAUCCACACAGGCUUAUCAGGGACAACACUUUCCACCUAAACUGGAUUUUUGCAAACAAGAGACUGUCUUUAAACAGAAAAUACCGUAAAAGCGGAAAGUGUCGUACCUUAUUAAACCCCUUUUUGCACAGAGCAAGGCCCAUAAAUAAGUUUUUUAGUGUAAUAACUCCAUCACAAUAUUAACCUAGUGUAUUGAAACUACCACAUAAAUGCCUUACAUCCAUAUCUAGAAUGGGAUUGCAUAAUGGCUGUAAAGGGUUAAGGUAACUUUAAUUAGAUACCGCAAAAAAAUAAAUUGUAAUUGAUAAUCUUGCAAACCAAUUUAACGAUUGUAAUAAAACUGUAUACCGGUACAUGGAUUCUUUAUCUCCAGGGAUUGGACAAGAGUGUGAUCAAGGUGAAAGUCACUGUUGCUACAUUUAGAAAAAUGGUGUUGGUUUUAGAAUUUCAAUAACGAAUUGAGCUAUUCUGAUGCACAAGUAUAUACAUUGUACAACAACAUGUUUUCAUCUGGGGCACAUUGGAUCAGCGUUACUUUUAGUAAAUAUAAAAAAACAUUCCCAAUAAAAUUCAAGCUUUUAGUGUCUAUUUUGAUUUUUUUGCACAUUGGACAAAUGCUAAAUAAUUUACCUACUAUACCGUUGUGUUUUUUAAGAAAGAAAAGCUCCAUAAACUCUGCCAAAAACAGGAAAAGUGGACAUCACGUGUUUAUGUUUAAAAACUUUCAGUUUAAAUGAUACUGAUGCAAGGUUAAUUAUAGCUCUAAUUUGACAGUAGAAUGUAUGUGUCUGUAUGCUUCCUUUAGUGCAUUAGUCUUUAUAACCUUUACAUGAUUUCAAAGAUGUGCUUUAAAAUUGUUAGAUUCUGUAUGUUUUUAUGGCCUUUUAUAAACCUUUUCUACUAUUAUGUUUAUUCAAUUGAUUGAUUAUGAUUGUUUUUACACUAAAAGUCUCACUAAAUUCUUGAAGAUAAGAAAUUGGUGAACGAAUUUUUGUUUGUUUUUUGUAAAAUAUAUACUAAAACAGAGCAUGGGAUGAUAAUGAUUUCUAUUGAUCGUCAAGUGUUUAUAUACAUGUAUUCUGUAAGGCUUGAUAUGUUUCUGUUAUGUUUUGUGUAUUUUGCUUAAUGCUUGAUAUUAUACAAUAGUGUUUGUG